AUGAGUAUUAAAAGAGGGAUAUUUCAAAUUAAAACAAGUGUUGGAAUCAGUAAGAAAACAGUUGAUAAAGAAUUUAAAAACAUGAAUAAAGAAAUUAUUGAGAAAGAAAAGAAAAUCAAAGAAAUUAUUGAACGAGUAAGUAAAAUUCCAAUAAGUGCUGAGAAAUUAAUUGGAAUUCCAAAAGAAGUAAUUCUUAUUUUACAAGAUUGUUCAGAAGAGAAAAGUAAAGCUAAAGAAGAAAGUGAGAAAAUGAUUAAUGUAUUUGAUUCAAUGGAAGAAGCAGGAAAACAUAUUAAAGAAAUAUUAUAUUGUCAAGUUAUAGAACCUAUGAAAAUAUUUAUUGAACAAUGGAAUGUUUAUUAUAAAAGAAUAAAUAUAAUGAAAAAUCGAAAGAUAGAUAUGGAUAGACACUUUGAAAAAUUAGAACAAAUUAAAAAGAAAGGACAAAAGAAACAAAAUGGAAUGAAAGAAGCUGAAGCCAAAUAUAAAGCAUCUAAAGAAUCAUAUAUAUUAUUAAGAAAUGAAAUAAUUAAUGAUAUAAAUAAAUUGAAUGAAAGAAUAAAUGAGAUGAAUGAAAAAAUUGAACGAACUAUCAUGUUAGGAUUUACAGAAUAUAUUAAUUGUUUAAAUCUAUCAUGGGAUAAAGUUCCAGAAAUGCUUAGAAAUAUGAAUAAUGGAGAUAUUAAUACACAACCAACAUAUACACCAAAUGAUCAAUCAAUGAUUAAUGAAUAUAAUCAACAUAAUAAUGAAAUCAAAGAAUAUAAAUAUGAAAAUAUAGAAAAUAUGAUACAACAAACAAAGAAGAAAGAAGAACAUGAAGAAGUUGUAGUUUGUCAAUUUGCAUAUUCAGCCGAAAAUGAGACAGAACUUUCAAUUAAAGAAGGAGAUAAAAUUAAAAUUGUUAAUAAAAAAGGUGAUUGGUGGCAAGGAGAAUGUCAAGGGAAUAUAGGAUUUUUCCCUUCAAAUUAUGUUAAAUGA